AUGGGAAGAAGAAAGACAAUCGAAAAAAGCAACAUUUUGUGUUUUAGUGCUGAAAGUAGCAGAAAGAAGAAAAAGAAACCGAUAUCAGAUCCUCAGCUUGCAGCUAAAUGUAUAUUAUUUUCGACAAUAAGUGAAUUCAAUUAUAAAACGGCACAUUCAGCUUCAAAUGCUGCAAAUUUUGGAACUAUGGCUAAAAUCGUUGAUUAUAUGAAAAAACGUCAUUUAAGCGCUCAACAUUGGUCAUUAAGCCUGCCAGAGAUUCUUGAAGAACUUCAAAUUUAUGAUCUUGGAAAGAAAACUGAAGCCUGGUUACAGGAGGCAUGUUCCUUUGAAUCUUUCAAAUUUAAAAAUCGGAAGGCUUUGCCGUCAAAUCCUCGUUUAAUGGUGGAUGAAAAUGGAAAAUUCCUGUUUAAACCACCGUAUAAAGUAAGAGGAAAAAAUUCAUUGCUGAUGCUAUUAAAAAAGUAUCAUCUUGAAGGAAAAGGUGGUAUUCUUCUUUCCGAUCUCAAUGAGUGUGUGCCAGCUGCGGAUAAGCAUGUUGAGGCUCUAGGCAAUGCAGUAAUUGACGUGUUAACUGUAAUAAACAAACGAAAAGAUCAUGUAUAUUUUUUCAAUGAUACAGAAACGGAUUAUGCUUUUAUUCAUUAUUCUCUAAAAGCAUUCAAAAGCUUAUGGCGAAAUGCAUCGGUCGACCAUCUGGAUGAGAAGAAAAUUGAGGAAUACCUGCAAAAACAUGGAAUUGAUGCUGUAAAAAAUGUGGCACCAUCAAAGAAAAUUUUUGCUCCUCCAAAGAGGAAAAUCGCAAAACGACGAGUGAAUCAAAAAGUUCACAAUGAGCAUCUAGCUGAUCUUCUUGUCGAUUACGAAUAA